GCCGAGAGAAACCAAAUCCUUCACUAAAACUCUCUGAGCUUUCGACCUCUCUUUCUCAUUCUUCUACCACUUCUCACCUCUCGAAUUCAUUGAUCCUUCUCUUCAGAAACAGAAAUGGCUCAAGUGGUUGCCACCAGGUCAAUUCAAGGCUCGAUGUUGUGUCCCAACGGUGGAUCUGUGUCUACAAGAUCCGAGAAGCUAUUAAAGCCGGCGAGUUUUGCUGUGAAGGUUCUUGGAAACGAAGCGAAGAGAAGUGGAAGAGUCUCUGUAAGAAGCAGAAGAGUGGUUGAUACUACAGUGAGAUCUGCUCGUGUUGAAACUGAAGUAAUUCCAGUUUCUCCUGAAGAUGUGCCUAACAGAGAGGAGCAGCUUGAGAGGUUGUUGGAAAUGCAGCAGUUUGGUGAUACAUCGAUAGGGAUGUGGUCGAAACCGACAGUGAGGAGGAAGACAAAGAUCGUUUGCACCGUUGGUCCGUCGACCAACACACGAGAAAUGAUAUGGAAAUUGGCUGAAGCUGGGAUGAAUGUUGCUAGGAUGAACAUGUCUCAUGGAGAUCAUGCUUCACAUAAGAAGGUUAUUGAUUUGGUUAAAGAAUACAAUGCACAAACUAAAGACAACACCAUUGCUAUCAUGCUUGACACCAAGGGUCCGGAAGUUAGGAGUGGAGAUUUACCUCAACCAAUUAUGUUAGAUCCAGGUCAAGAGUUUACUUUUACUAUUGAAAGAGGAGUUAGCACACCAAGUUGUGUCAGUGUUAACUAUGAUGAUUUCGUCAAUGACGUGGAAGCGGGUGACAUGCUUCUUGUUGAUGGUGGUAUGAUGUCGUUUAUGGUGAAGUCUAAGACCAAAGACUCUGUCAAAUGUGAAGUUGUUGAUGGUGGAGAACUUAAGUCAAGGAGACAUUUGAAUGUCCGAGGAAAGAGUGCAACAUUACCUUCAAUCACUGAGAAGGAUUGGGAAGAUAUUAAAUUUGGAGUGGAGAACAAAGUUGACUUUUAUGCAGUUUCCUUUGUCAAAGAUGCUCAAGUGGUACACGAAUUGAAGAAAUACCUUCAAAAUUGUGGUGCUGAUAUACAUGUGAUAGUGAAAAUUGAAAGUGCAGACUCCAUACCUAACUUGCAUUCCAUUAUCACAGCAUCAGAUGGGGCAAUGGUUGCAAGAGGUGAUCUUGGUGCAGAGCUUCCAAUUGAAGAAGUCCCCAUUCUUCAGGAGGAGAUCAUUAACCUAUGCCGUAGCAUGGGAAAAGCUGUUAUUGUUGCGACUAACAUGCUUGAGAGUAUGAUCGUUCAUCCAACUCCAACCCGGGCAGAGGUCUCAGACAUUGCUAUCGCUGUUAGAGAAGGUGCUGAUGCGGUUAUGCUUUCAGGAGAAACUGCUCAUGGAAAGUUCCCAUUGAAAGCUGCUGGGGUGAUGCACACGGUUGCAUUGCGAACAGAAGCAACCAUUACCAGCGGUGAAAUGCCACCUAAUCUUGGUCAAGCCUUCAAGAACCAUAUGAGCGAGAUGUUUGCAUACCAUGCAACCAUGAUGUCAAACACACUUGGAACUUCAACUGUUGUCUUCACCAGAACUGGUUUCAUGGCCAUUCUGCUAAGUCACUAUCGUCCUUCCGGCACAAUCUAUGCCUUCACAAAUGAGAAAAAAAUACAACAACGAUUAGCAUUGUAUCAAGGUGUAUGCCCCAUAUAUAUGGAGUUCACAGAUGAUGCAGAAGAGACUUUUUCUAAUGCUUUGGCUACAUUACUGAAACAAGGAAUGGUGAAGAAGGGAGAGGAAAUAGCAAUCGUACAGAGCGGUACACAGCCAAUCUGGCGAUCUCAAUCAACGCAUAACAUCCAAGUCCGCAAGGUUUAAAGCUUCUGUCUUUAAUAUGUAGAACCGGGUUUUUGGUUAAUUUUCGUUGCAUGUUUCUUGUACUCUUAAAACUUGUUGUUUGCUGUAUCUUCUUCAGUUUGCUUUACUACGAUUAUGUGUUUUUGGAGACAUUAUUAGCUCAGUAACUGUUUGUGAGACAGAUGUUAACUUAGAUGAGUAAUAAAGUUGUUAGAAUCCC